UCCGGAGUAGGUGCUAGUUAACAGAUCAAAACAAUGGGUCGGCGACGAAAGGGAAAACAGUCACGUGAGAAGGUUGAAACUAGUGUCACGGGUGAAGAUGAUAUUUCAUUGAAUAUUACUGAUACCAAUAACGGUGAUACUGAAAUGUCAGAUGGCACUUGUGACGAAGCUAGUAUCUGCAUGAAUGAAAAAGUUGACGUCAACAUUAGUGAAACUUCACCAGCCAAUCUUCCACUACUGAAUGACACUGUUGCCGCGAGUCAUAUUAAUGAAGAUGAGUUGUCAGAUGAUAGUUUUAUUGAAGCGCUUGUCUCAAGUUUUGAGGAAAUUGAAAACAGCAUUUCUCAGGCUCUUGCCCGUAGAGUACAGGAACACAAUGGAGCAGAGAAGUUUCUUGCCUGUGAUGAGCAGCAGUUGGAAGACAGUGGAACACAGACGAUUCUUACCAGUAAGGACCAUCAGAUGGAUGAGAGUGCAGCAGAGAAGAUUCUUACCUGUGAGGAGCAGCAGAUGGAUGGCAGUAGAACAGAGAAGAUUCUUACCUGUGAGGAGCAGCAGAUGGAUGGCAGUAGAACAGAGAAGAUUCUUACCUGUGAUGAGCAGCAGAUGGAUGACAGUAGAGCAGAGAAGAUUCUGACCUGUGAGGAGCAGCAGGUGGAUGACUGUAGAGCAGAGAAGAUUUUAACCUGUGAGGAGCAGCAGGUGGAUGACUGUAGAGCAGAGAAGAUUCUAACCUGUGAGGAGCAGCAGAUGGAUGACAGUAGAACAGAGAAGAUUCUUACCUGUGAUGAGCAGGUGGAUGCCUGUAGAGCAGAGAAGAUUCUAACCUGUGAGGAGCAGCAGGUGGAUGACUGUAGAGCUGAGAGGAUUCUUACCUGUGAUGAGCAGCAGAUGGAUGCCUGUAGAGCUGAGGAGAUUCUUACCUCUAAGGAUACGACAUUCCGUGAAUAUUGUAUCCAAGCUAGUACACAUGAGCAUGCAGACCGUCCUGAUCUGAGUCAGUUUCCAGUGCUUCAUUCCAAGGCUGAUAACAUACCAAGCUUUACUGAGCAGAGUAGAGAAGUGGAUCAGCAUUCUCUACCAUUGGACAAUCUGCAAAUUCACAAUCACUUCAGUCUCUCAAGCCAUAGUCAGACAUCUACAUCAAAGAGUGACUUGAUGAAAACCAAUCCGUGUACAGUUGACAUCAACCAGAUCCCAGUUUCACAUAUCAUAGAAGUUUCCUCAAAUGAUGUCAAUCUUCAGUCAUCUGAUGAUGGAGAUAACGCUUCUAUCAGUCAUUGUACACUGAUGAAGGUAACCUCAAAUAAUGCUGACAUCCAGUUUGACUCAGAUGAUGACAUACCCCUGAGUCAUCUGUUGUCCAAUGCUCUAUUUACAUCCAAAAAUGAUGGGUAUCCUGUAACUUCCAUGGAGUUAUGCAGCGGUACAUCAACACCUGAAGACAUAAGUUUCAAUUCCGAUCUUCUUGAAUCUAGUACUUGUGAUCAAGCAACUCUUUCCAGCAAACCCACUUUGCUAUCAUCGUUUGAUAACACAACAGAAGGGGACACAACCGGCAUUUGUAAAGUGAAAUCACUCCAGGAUAUCAGUGACUCAUGUUCACAGGACGAGUAUGAAUCAUCUGGUGAUGAGUACAGACUACCAGAUUCUUUAUCUGAUUCUACGGAUGACAGUGACACAAAUAUGAAAGAAUUACUGAAGCGUAAACGCCAAAAGACAUCCAAAACCAAUACAAAUCAAGUUUUGUCACCAGUAACUUCCGAAAACACAGAAAAAAACUUUGAUACAAAUGAUGGAGAUGAUGGGGGACCACAAAUAGACGAUGAAGAUAGUGAUAAGCAGCAGCCACGGAUGUCAAGAAGUCGUACUCGCAACCCUGAAAAAUGGAAAUCAAAUGAACGGAAAUGA